AUGUCGUACGAUAUCAGCAGUUACAUCAAUACAGGUGUAAACCCGCCUGCCUUUGCAAGCAGCAGCAACAAUAGCAGUCCAAACAUGAUGGACAACAACAACGAAGUUAGCAACAACAACAGCAACAACAGCAAUAACAACAACAGCAACAACAGCAACAACAACAACGUUACUACAAACGCCCUGCAAUCUGCAAAACAACAGCAACUAAAACAACAAGAACAACUCAGAAGGCUUGUGGUUACGGAAGAAGAACAGCGACAAAAGAGAAUCGAAGCACAAACGGCAAUGGAACGCUAUCGGGCGUAUUUGAAAAAACAAGCAUCCAUGGAACAACAAGUGUAUCAAACCUUGGAAGCGCAGCAAGACGAUGAUAAAGGUCAAGAUGGACAGGGUCAAGAUGGACUGCAGCAACCGCAAAGCCGAGUGCAGCCUUUGCCUCAUCGUCACUACUCUCAACAGAGGCAACAAAUAAGGCAACAAAAGCAGCAGCAGGACAACGACAACGACAACAACACCAACAACAAUAAUAAUAAUAAUAAUCCUCCACCUUUGAUUGAGGUUGUACGCAACGCAACGAAGCCAAUCAUAAUAUCGCAACCGAAUGCUUCCAAUAAUAAUAAACAACAACAACAACGGCAACAACAACGAGAAAGUGCAAUGUCCACUGUCAGUGCGAGAAACGGAAACGAAAACAACACCGACAUCAGCAACAACAUCGACAUCAACAGUCCCAAUUUAUCACCCAGUGGCCUUCCAGAAUCUCAUCAACCCAGCAGGGGAAGUAAGAUUGCUCGAGUGGAUUUUUCAGGAAGUAUUACCAAUGGAGACAAUGAAGAAGUUAUUGAUCCGGCAACGAUUUGGCAAGCCUUUGCGUCUGCUAGUGAUACUGGUUACACUGCUAGUGGCGGUGGAGGUGGAGGUGGAGGUGUUGAUUUGGUGAAGGAUGAUGAGAAAAAGAAAAGGAAUGCCUCCGUGAUGCAAGCCAUGACGACCACAACAACAACAACAACAACAAUGCCGUCACUACCAACAGCAUUAUUCAUACCACCAACGAGACCAGCACCUCGAGCGGUACCACCACGUCCGGACAGUAGUAGUGGAGGUGCAUCAAGAACUAGUACUGCCCCCCACAACACGACGACCGCUCCCCAAACCAUGAGGAAUGCACCCAAUACAAAAACGACGACGUCCAUGACGUCCACAUCCUUCAAUCCAGACACACUUGUCAGUGUCCAUGGCAACAAGAACAUUUCUAGUUUUGGAAAGACUCCUACUUUGUCCAUGUUUUAUCCAUCGCCUGCACGAUCCACCAAUAGCAGUAGUAGUAACAAGGUUGAGACUCGUCCUACUACUACUACAACUACUACCACCAUUGAGAAGAAUGAGAAUACUAUUGAUGCUCCGACGGUCCAGCAUCAAUCCACAGCGGCGGCAAAUAAGAAUACACGAAGUUAUCAAAUCGAUCAGCAACAACAGCAACAGCAACAACAGGAACAGCAACAGCAACAGCAACAGCAACAGCAACAGCAACAAGCUUUAUUCCCUCAAGAGCAACAAUUCCAGCAACAACAACAGCAGCAGAAGCAGCAGAAGCAGCAGCACUUUCAAGAGCAGUUGCAACAGCAGCAGCAACAUCAACAACAACAACAACAACAACAACAACAACAACUAUUCCAGUUCCAAUCGAUACCAUCUCCUGCACCCACUCAAUUGCCACAACAAUUACUUCAAGUACCUUCCACCAAGCGUAGACCAGCAAAGGAUCCAGUGCGAUUUGCAACGACGGAAGAAUCUCCACCUUUGAAUUCUUCUUCUGCUGCUGCUGCUGCUACUACUAGUAGUAGUGGUGCUUUUUCUCCGCGACCACCACGACCACCACCUCCACCUCCACCAUCAUCAUCACGACAAGCCGGUAGUGAUCCAAAACCUCCUAUGACUUCCAUAUUGAAAAGUACUAAUACUCCAAAUACUAGUGGUGGUGGUGGUGGUGGUGGUGGUGGUGGAUCAUCAUCAUUAUCAAACAACAACAACAACAACAACAACACCAACAACAACACCACCAACAACAAAAAGUUUACUGGCGCGGCAAGCAUGAUUGUCCAAGAGCGCAAAAACGACAUGGAACAUCGACGUCCGGCACCACCACCACCGCCACCGGAUCCACCCAAAUUGACGUAUUGGGAGACCAAAUUGGAGUCGUUGCAAGAUUGGUGGAAGAAACCAGCGCAGUAUCGACCACUCAAGAUCUUGCAACUGAUAUUUGGAUUGUACAUUGUGAUUAUGAGUUUUACCUACACUGGAACCUUGGGCAAUGUUGGUGGCUUGGUGGACCCCAAAAGUGGGUGGAUCAUUGAUCCAUCCAGUGCCGAAAACACGGACAAGGGUGUCAUUUUGGUCAAUGGGGACUUUAGAGCAGUGGUGGCCGAAUCGACCUUUCAAAUGAUUGCCUUGGCGAUUAGUCGAUUGUCAGCAUUUACCAUGUAUCCAGCGCUUGUUGUGGUAUUCUUUUCCAAAUUCCGAGGCACCAUGAAUUUCUUGAGUUUCACCUACAUUGGACAGCUUUUCAUUGCCAGUGAUUUACAUGAUCUUCACGUCUAUUGUGGGCACUACAUUUUGAUUGAUGGUUGUAUCCACACCUUUUUCCAUACGCUUCGAUGGGCAGCUCAAGGGAAUCUAUAUUUGUUGUACAGCAAUCCUUCGGGAAUAUCGGGGCUCAUUGUGAUUCUGUCGACUCUAUUGAUUUGCCUUCCAAUGAUGUACGGAAAGAAAAAGGUGGUCUAUGAAAUUCGAAAAUUGGUCCAUUAUCUCUUUCUUGUCUUUGCACUGGCCAUGUGCUUUCACGUCCCAACUUCUGGGUUUCCAAAUGGUGGUUUUGCGCCCUACGUCUUUACGAUCCUACUUGUCUGGUGGUUCUUGGACAGCAUCUUUGUCCAGUGGUUCAUGACCGAAAAGAUUCAAUCGUCGCGGUUCUACGUUUUGCCAUCUGGUGUCCAACUCACCAUGGCGGUAUCUCAACGAUUUCAAUCUUGGGGAACUGGUGGCUACUGUUAUGUCUGUCUACCAUGGGUCAAUCCGUACCAGUGGCAUGCCUUUUCGUUGUUUGAAAAUCCUGCCGAUCCAUCCGAGCGACAAAUCUUUGUGCAAAAGUUGGGGAAUUGGACGACCCAAGUCCAUAGCAUGUUGGGACGAGAGACAUCACGACCAGUGUGGGUGGCAGGCCCCUUCACGUCGCCAUAUGGGCGUGCUGACAAUUUCGAUAAUCAAAUCCUUGUGGCGGGUGGUAUUGGUAUAACACCAGCCUUGUCCGUGAUUCGACAUCUCAAGGAUACCAGACGAUGCAACUUGAUCUGGUCCACCAGGGACCGUCACAUGCUGGAAUUUUUCAUCAAGCAUGCGGAUUUGAGUCAUCGAGGAUGGAAUUUGGUCUUUUACACGGGAAAGGAACAAUUGUUGGGGAUCGAAGACGUGGUGGUGACAGGGAGCGGGGCCACCAUUCACAUUAUUCGAGAACGUCCCAAGCUGCAUUACAUCAUUCCCAACAUUAUCUAUGGUAUCGAAUCGGCGACUUCCGUGCCGGAGCAGUUUAUUCCAGAUAACAAAAUUGUUGCAAUGGAACUCUUGCAGGAGAAAUUGACCGAGUUGGAAGCCGAACCAGACUUGGAUUCGCACGAAAAGCUGAGUGAAUUGGUGAACUAUUGUGACGAGCUUGGAUACUUGUUCAGUGACUUGAUAUCAACGCUUCCCAAUCACGAAGAGUUGACCAAGGCACCAACUCUGGCAUCUGUAGGCAACAAGAGCAAUCGAUCCGUUCUAGAUGCCAUUCUGAACUUCAAUGGCAAUACUAGUGAUGCGUCUGGUGGUGGUGUCGAUUCGGACGACGAUCGACGGAACAUGUUUGCCGGCUCCAGGGGUUCCAAGGGACGAGCCAGCAGUCGGAACAUGCUAAUCAAUGCAAGUCGAAGAAAGCUAGGUGGCUCUAGUCUUCGUCGAAGGCGUGUAUCCUUUGCAUCUUCAUCUAUUGGAGAUGAACGACGAUCAAGUGGUGGUGGUGGUGGUGGUGGAAGCAAAGGCAGAGAGUCCAUCACUACAAGCACAUGGUCUACUCUGGCUGCAUCCAUUCAGGUUGUCAAGACAAUGAAAGGUCUCGGGGGACUCGGAAGUCUAGGGGAAGAUAGUGAGGAGCUUGACCCAGAAACGGCCAUCAUGCCAAGCAUGUUUGACCAACUGGAUAUCCCGUUCAAGCCAUGGGAUUACAACAAAGAGGCGGAAGAAUAUGUGAAGAAAAUGGGGGACGAUGAAGUUAGCACAUGGGGUGUACUGUACUGUGGCGGGAAAUCACCUUUGUAUCGGGCAUUGAAGAAAGCUGCCCGAAAAGCAAACGUGGAAAUGCACGAAGAAUCCUUUGCGUGGUAG